AUGAAGUUCCCCGCAGCCGCUCCCCUCGACGCAGUCAAGUUCUGCGAGUUCGUGACUGCGUCGCCGUCGCCGUUCCACGCGGUGGCCAACCUCUCGCAGCGCCUCAAGAAAGCUGGGUUUGAGCGCGUCUCGGAGCGUGAGCCGACCAACAAGCUCACUCCCGGUGGCAAGUACUUCUACACUCGCAACCAGAGCGCGCUCGUCGCCUUCACUCUCCCCCACGGCCCAGCCAAUGCCGCGAGCCUCGUCCGUCCCGUGAGCAAGCGCCAGAAGGCGGGGUACCUCCAGGUCGGGACCGAGCUGUACGGUGGUGGCCUGUGGCACACGUGGUUUGACCGGAACCUCUCCGUUGCGGGUCGCGUGAUUCUCAGCACACCGGGUGCGCGCACCGAGUUCACGAGCAAGCUCGUUAAGAUUAACCGCCCGAUCUUGCACAUCCCCACGUUGGCUAUCCAUCUCGACCGGGGGGUUAACGAGCAGCUCAAGUUCAACAAGGAGACCGAGUUCCUCCCGAUUCUGGGCCUCGUCAACGAGCAGCUGAACAACGGUGGGAGUGCGGUACCUAGCCGUGUGGGCACACCUGUCCCUGGUAAGAAGGAGGACGCCAAGGAUGGCAAGGGCGACGGAACGUCGAUGGAGGACAAGCACCACCCGCUGUUGCUUGCGGUCAUUGCCGACGAGCUCGGGUGUGCUGUGUCGGACAUCCACGACUUUGAGCUGUGCCUGUUCGACACGCAGCCGUCGACGGUGGGCGGCCUGAACAACGAGUUCAUCUUCUCGCCGCGCCUCGACAACCUCACCACGUCAUGGUGCGCGAUCGAGGGCUUGUGCCAGGCUGUCGAGGCUGAGGCGGCGGCCGGCCAGCCGAGCAAGGAGACCAAUGUGCGCUGCGCGCUGAUCUACGACAACGAGGAGGUCGGCAGUGUCAGCAACCACGGUGCCGAGUCGAACAUUCUCCCGUCUUUCAUUGAGAUGCUCGCCGGCCUCCCGAACGCCGAGCGCGGAUACUACCAGAUCCUCGCCAACUCGUACCUCAUCUCGGCGGAUAUGGGCCACGCCCUCCACCCCAACUACGAGGGUCGGUACGAGACCAACAAUGCUCCCAAGAUGAACCAGGGGAUUGUCAUCAAGACCAAUGCCAACCAGCGCUACACUUCCAACGCCCAGACCACCUUCCUCCUCCGCCAGAUCGCCAAGCGCGCGGGAGUGCCAGUGCAGGAGUUUGAGAUCCGCAACGACUCGACGUGUGGCUCGACUGUCGGACCCCACCUCUCGACCCACGUGCGCACCGUUGACAUUGGCCUCGCGAGCUUGAGUAUGCACUCGAUCCAGGAGACGAGCGGGUCGGGUGACAUCAAGUACUACAUCCAGCUCUUCAAGACGUUCUACGAGGAAUACAGCAAGGUCGAGAAGGUCUUGACCGUGGAUGAGGCGUAG